AUGCAAGACCAGACGUACGUUGUUUAUAAUGAAGAUACUGUGAUGUUAAAUGAUUUAGCAAGAAAUCAGAUUGAAUUUGAAGAUUUUAACAGGGAAAUAUCAGGGUUAUUUAGUUCUAGAAAUAGAUUUAGCUCAUCAAUGGGAAGUUUGUUAGAUGUUACUUUGCCAAAUGACCAGUUUAAAAAAAGAGCGUUGAUAUUUAUUAAUUAUUUGUUCCUGGUAGUGUUUCUUUUUAUAAUUUAUUUACUUUCUUAA